GGUCAGGGUUGUGCGCUCCUUCUCUCCAGACCACAGCUCCUGGCUCUCAGUCCGCCUCACGGGGUGGGCUCGCUGGAGAUCGGAUAUGAAGCUCACCAUUUCUGCGGGUGGCUUGUUUAAUAUUUCUGCAGCAACAUUUUGCCCCCCCCCCCCCCCCCCCCCGGUCCAAGCAUCUCGGAAUACCACGCCCCCUCCCCGCAGAUUCACAGGGCUCCUGGUCCCUCCCUCGAACCGAGCCGGCAGCCUAUAACCUCCGCGGGUCUCCGCCCAUUCCUUCACAGUUGAUUCUUUGGGAAGGUAUUGUCAUGCAAAACAGCCUAAAGGACGCGUAAAAUAUUCCCCCAGAGCGCAGCUCAGGGCAGAGACUCACACGGACCGCACGAGGACACAGACCGGGCCAAACACGGUGGAUUUCUAUCCUUCACGUCGCUGCGGACCCGUCCAUCUGUCACAGACCCGCUGGCCACAUGAGCAGUGACAUAUAGCGGGGAUACAGGCUGGACCGUUCAGGGAAAUCCGACGGGUGUCCAACAAAGAAGAGGCUGCCCCGUGGAGACAGUGCACCAGUUUCCCCCACGUCAAGUCGGAGGUGUCCGUCUCUUCUCCAUCCCCUGUGUAGGCUACCUGCUGAUCCUGCUGCUGCUGCUGCUGCUACAGAAGGGGAACUAUACCUAGAGACCCCUGGAUCACUUGAGAGCACCCUCUUAAUGUUUUUAGGGGAUUUAGGAUCUCUCAAAUAUUAACAUUUUUUUGCACACCGAGUGUGUCGUUCCCCCUCUUGUCCUUUUUUUUGGGAUAUAUCCAUUGUUGUUUUUUUCCCCUCCUCCGUUUUAGUACUUUAAAGUGCCUUAACGACUGGUUGUAAUCCAGUGUAACUGUGGCAUUGUUACCAGACCAGAGACGCUCAACAGGGAGAAGACGAUUAUUAUCAGCUUUAGAGCCCAGGCAGGAUUACUUGUACCCCCUCAUCCACCCAUCCACCCACCCACCCCUCCGAGCGAGCUGCAAACAUGAGCCAGGCGGAUGUGUCGACUUGCUCCGCGCCGCAGAGGGUUUUCCAGGAGGCGGUGAAGAAGGGCAACACCAAGGAGCUGCACUCGUUGCUGCAGAACAUGACGAACUGCGAGUUCAACGUCAACUCCUUCGGGCCUGAGGGACAGACGGCGCUCCACCAGUCCGUCAUCGACGGCAACCUGGAGCUGGUGAAGCUGCUGGUGAAGUUCGGCGCAGAUAUCCGGCUGGCCAACAGGGAAGGGUGGAGCGCUUUACACAUCGCGGCCUUCGGGGGCCACCAAGACAUUGUGCUAUACCUCAUCACCAAGGCCAAGUACUCCUCUGGCGCCCGGUGAUCUCUCUCUGCUGUCAGGUAAAAUAUGGAAAAGUAGAAAAUUAUAAAAAAAAAAAAAAAAAGAAAGGAAAAAAUCAACAACAGCAACACGUGGAAUAUAAAACUGCAACACAACACAGGAAAGCCGGGCUCUUGUGGGUUUAUUUACAUAGUUGUGCCAAAUUUUAUAUAGUAAAAGGAAAAAAAAACAUACAAAAUAGGCCUGCACAAUAAUCUUUCCUCACUGUAAACCAAAACGGGGCCCUCUCUGCACUCCCGAGCGAAGCGCGCAUGGAGCACACACUGCGCCCCGAAAGAAUUCCGCUGAUUUCUGUUGGUACUAAAGCUUUUCCUCUUGAAUGUGCAUACUAGAUCGUGUCGUCCACUCUAAAAGAAACCAGUGUCUGCGUGAAUACACGUGUGUGUGUGUGUGUGUAUGUAUGUGUGCGUAUGUGUGUAUGUGUGUGUGUGUGCAUGUGUGUGUUUGGACUCCUGAGUGCAGAUGGCCCAGUUUUUUUUUCUAUCCCUGACCUCCCAUUCUCAGUACAGUUGAAUAGUUUCUUUGUGGGAGCAGCAGAUUUGACCUGUUGCUCCUCAUUGUUCUGUAAAACCCUUAAAAGAAAGAGAAAAAAAAAACUAAGUUAUUUUAUAUGAAACACGGCACUUGAUGCUACAUGGCUGCAUGCUGGAAUAUCUGAAAGGGAAGACACGUGAACAUGAGGAGGGUUGCCCUCUAUUGGCACCCAGAGGUCUUUAUUUUCUGUAGUAAAUUCAUUGAUUCAUUACUUCUUUUGAAACUCAAAGAGCGGCAUUAUGGCUAUCCAACACGGUUUCUCGCAUGUGUAAUCGUUAUGAAACAACAAUUCAUAGUUGUUGUGAAGUACUGUACACAAUAGCUUUACUUUGUUUCUGUUUUUUUUUUAAAGGAAAAGAAAAAAAAAAGAGACAGCUGAUUCUUGCCAAGCUGGCGUCCAACUUUUUUCAGGCCAGUGCGACCACUUUGCCAAUGGUCAAUGUGUUACUAAAAAGAAAAAAAAAAAAAAAAAAGAAAAAAACCGCUGCUUUCGCUUUGUGUAAAGACAUACAAAACGCAUUUUUGGAAUUCACUUUAUAAUCUCCUUUCAGUAUUUUAUUAACAUCCUAGUCAUCACUGUGAAAGCAGGCUGGGUUUUUUUUUUUUCUAUUUAUGAAGGUACAUUGAGAAGAUGCAUUUUGAAUAUGUUGUGGUUCUUCUUUAAAGUUGAAAAAAAAAGUCUUUGUAAGAAUAUCAUGGGUGACUCAAGCUGCUUCAGACUCUUUUUAGUGUAACCUGUCCCAUGUGGAGGUAGACCUGCCACCCCACCACCGCCUUCCCAGACCCCCCCCCCCAUCUCUCUGUCUCUCUUCUGGCCUGUUGACCCUCAAGAGGACUUUCUCCUCCAAUUUAAAAAAAAAAAAAGACUUUGUUUGGUUGCCUUUUCCCAGCUACCUCGAC